AUGGUGGUCUUUGAGCUUAUUGACUUCAAGAAUGCUAAUUGGGAUGCUGAUGCUCUAUCACAGUGUUUUGAUUCGGAUACCAUAGUUGAAAUUCUCACGAUACUCCACUCUAGGCGAUGGCCUAAUGACACAACCUGUCCCCCUAAACUUCAUCACUUCCUUUGGAGAUCAUGUAAGGGGUCUUUGGCUACAAAAGAAGUGUUAUAUAAUAGAUAUUGUGUGCCCUCUCCUGCUUGUGAUAGAUGUGGAGGUGCUAACAAAUCUCUCUUUCAUGCACUAUGUGAUUGCCCGAAAGCCAAGAUUAUAUGGGAGCAACAUGCUGCUUACUUCCUUAUUGUAGAUGUCCCACAUGACUCAUUUCCUGAGCUCCUCUUAUGGAUCCAUAGGCAUACAACAAAAGAGGAAUUUACCUCCAUAUGUGUGACGUUAUGGGCGUCUUGGUUCUAUCGCAACAAACAAGUUUUUGAAGGUGACAAUGGUGAUCCGGUGAAGCUGGCUGCUGAUUUUAUUCGUUUCUUCACGGCCUGGUCUCCUCCAAAUUAUGGCUGGGUAAAAGUAAAUUUUGAUGCUAAUGUGGCUACAAGAGCAAACCAUUGUCUGGGGGGUGUCAUUUGUGAUGAUAAUGGGAAGGUGCUGGUGGCUGGUGUGCACUCCAUUUGGGCCGUGGACGUGUAUGAGGCUGCUGCUGCACUAUACGGUAUUGAGUUAGAGGUGAGGUUUGGGUAUAGCCAUGUCCAUCUUGAAGGAGAUUCCAUGUAG